UCUUAUUUGGAGAUCAAACAUAACGGUUGUCUUAACGGUUUUAAACGGAACGUAAAAAACUGCAAACUUUUUCAAACCAAAAAAUGAGAUUAAUUUAUGGACAAUUGUUGUUGGGGCUGUUGGUAGCUAACAGUGCUAUGACGUGGGCCCAAUCUAUACCUGCUGUAGAAGAUGAACGCGAUAAAAGAGCUGUUACUGUGGAUUUUGGCCAGUUUGUGCGUAAUUUGUUAUUGAAAAGUGCGGCGGCUAGUGAGACAAAGGCUAAUAUUUCGAGAACUGUGGCAAAUUUAAAAGUAAGUACACCUGCGCCUAGAAGACCAACUACCGCUAGAACCACCACUACUACAACAACUACCACCACUACCCCCUCUACCCCAGCAGCACCGGUAGCUGUGCCUAUACCUUUCUUUUUCAAUAAAAACGACUUCUUUAAGUUUCCUUUCGAUUUGAGUGGUCCAAUUAAUAAUAAAUUCAAUUACAAUGGUGGUGGUUAUAUCAAUUUCGAUUACGAUGACUUUGUGGGUCCAGCAGCAGUGCGUCCCGGACGCCGACGAAGGCCCACUACCACCAGCACAACGACAACUACCACCACCACUACUACUAUGGCUCCAACGACAACAACAGCUGCCCCCGCACCUGCACCAACAGCAGCUCCAUUACCGCCUAGAAGAAUACCCGUACCUCGUAGACCUUUUGGUUUAUUGGCCAAACAAAAGGUUCCCUAUUAUGAUUAUUACAAUGAUUAUGAUUAUAAUUAUGAUGAUAGCGAUGUUAAUCCAGCACCGGCAACUGCUGCCCCCGCUCCAGCAACUUCUGCACCAGCUCCAGCAGCAACAGCUGCUGCCCCUGCCCCAGCUCCUGUCAGUUCUCCUGCUCCCAGACCCCAAAAACUGAUAGCACAAGCACGAGUGUCAGGACGUAUACCUCAGCUGCGUCAUCGUUUGGUGUAUCAGUACCGGCAACCAGAUGAUAUCUCUAUCAAUAAGGCCGCCGCCACCCCAGCACCAGUUCCAGCAACAACAACAACAGCAGCACCACCACCAGCAGAAGAUAAUAGUAACAAUGCCGCUGAAGAAGUUCCAGCAGAAUCUGCACCAACUACCAAUGACUAUACAGACUAUACAGAUAACGCUGGACAAGACUAUAACGAUAAUGCCAAUGCUGAUCCAAAUGCUCAACCCAAUACUCUGCUCAAUGUUGAUCCCAAUGUGGCACCCAAUUUUGAACCAAAUGUUACGCCCAAUGCUGCUGUUCCCAAUGUUGAUCCUACUGUAGCUCCAAAUAAUGAUGGUGCUGCUCCUCUUGCCGACUCUAUAGCUGAUCCCCUGGCUAAUCCUAAUGCUGAUCUAAACUUUAAUAAUGAUAUUGGUAAUAUUAAUGUGCCCGCUAAUUAUGAUUUUAAUGCUGCCGCCCCCUAUCACGAUCAAUUUGACUCUAAUCUUCAUGAUCCCUCUGGUAUUGGUAAUUUUAUACCCCCUACACAAGAUUUUCCAUUUACACCACAACAAGACUUUAAUUCUCAAUAUCCCCUUAACACCGCCUCACAUUAUUCUGUGCGCUAUUAUUGAAAUUUAAUUCGAUUUUCUUUAAAUUUUUUAAUUAAUGUACAAUUUCUGCCAUUUUGCAUUUUUUUUUUAUUUUUUUAUCUUAAUUUAGUUUUAAAUUUAAUUAGUUAUUAAUUAAUAUAAUAUUGAAAACUUAAUACCAACAACUUUUAAAACGUA